AUGGGUUCGCGUCAAGGCGACGGGAAGCUCGUCCGCCAAAUUCGGAAUUACUUCAGGCAGGACACCAGGGACUUCAAGCCUCUCAAGCUUCUUGUAUCAGGUGCCCAGGGGAUAGUGGUCAUGUUUAGCGAACUCAAUGCCGAUAACAGCGAGGGAGGAGACUCGCCGUCAAACGGAGUCGGACACGGGAGGAUGUACCGGAUCUUCAGGGAGAAGUCAAAGCAUUCCAGGCAAGCAACACUCCCAUCCAUACGCGACCAUUUCGUGUCUGUCUCCUCAAACGGCCUCGAUCCUAAUCUAGGUUUUCAACAGAUCCUGUUUGGCGCCGAGCAUUUCACGCGAUUGAUCAUCAACGAAGACAACAGCGCCCUGACGAGGCCAAACCUCGCGCCUAUACCCCCCGACGACUUCCUCAACACUAUCUUCCGCGUGACCGAGGUCGUGCCCCAUAUACAGCUAGACAGGUUCGAGGUCAGGGCAUCCAGCGCCGACAAAACGCCGUUCCCCAGUCGUUUGCUCUGGCUCAUAUUCCGCUGUCUGGUGCGUGCUUGCAUCGAGAUGGCCUACCCGCCCGACAGGCACCGGACCAGGGUGUUUGGGGACGAGUGGCGCCAGGAUCCGGAUUUCAGAGCUGCGACUUCGGUCGUCCCGGGCGCCGAGCCUCCGGAGUUGUGUUGUACUUUCGUCCUUGGUGACGGCGCUUGGUUCAACGUGGCUACCCGCCCGCCGCCCCCUCUUACCGAAAGCCAAGCGACAGAAGCGACAGAGUUUGGAAGGGAGUGUGUGAAUGCAAAUCUCAAAGAAAUGGGAACGGUGAUGGGAAGUAUUCUGGAUCUGAAAACCAACACAAAAGACCACUACGAUCCGGAUCUCGUGGCCCUGGUCGAGCGGUGCAGUGGCGGGAGCGAUGAUCCUCCGCACCAGACACUCGGCGCGUUCAUGGACACCAUCGACGAAGCCAUCCGCACCAAGACCAAGCCGAGCGAUUCCCUACCUUGUCUAGGGAUGCAGCGAAGAAGGAAACGGACUCCUAUAUCAAGCAUCUCGUAG